AGUCUGAGGGGCAUCGAGGACGCCGCGGGUGCUUUGUGGUGAACGAACCCUUGUGAGGGAGCCGGGAGUGAUUUUGAGGCGAUUCCGGGUGGUUUUAGAGCCGAUUUUGGGCGGUUUUGUGACGCUAAACAACCUUGGAGGACCCAAAACCACCGAGACGAGGCGGAGCGGCCGCCUGAGGGAGCGGCGCCACCACUGAGUUCCGGCCAGAGCGACCCCUGGCGGGCGCUUCCUGUCACGUGAUCGGAACCCCGCGCUGCCAUUGGUGAAGGGAACCGGAACAGGAGCGGGAGGAGGCGGAAGCGGCGCGGGCGGCAUGGCGGGGUUCGGCGUGGCCAACGAGCGGCUGCGGGCGCUGGAGGAGCUGGAGCGCGAAAUCGGCGCCUCCCUGCAGAGCGCAGGGUUGGUGAUUUUGGAGCUGUCCAAGGAGAAGCCCCAGGAGCGACACCUGGACCGCCAGGCCGCUCAGUUCGGCGCCGCCGUGGCCAAGGUGGAGGCCGAGCUGUCGGCCCAGAUCCGUUACCUGACACAGCCCCACGAGGGCUCGAGCUACGCCGCGCGCAAGAGCUGCCAGCUGGCCCUGAACCGCCUGGACUACGCCCGGCGCCGCCUGGCCGAGCUGGCGCGGGCCUGCGAGCUGAUGCUGGAGCAGUGACACACCUGGGCACACCUGGGCACACACCUGGCACAGCUGGGCACGGCUGGAGACACCGUGGGACUGAGCUGGAGCGGCCUCAGCACAGAAAAAUGGGGAAAAAUGGGGAAAAAUGGGAUUUUUGUGGGGUUUUUUUGGGGUGUGACACCUUGGGGACAUUGCUGAGAGACUUUGGGCACACCUGGGCACACCUGGAGACAGCGUGGGACUGAGCUGGACCUGCCUAAAAUGUGGAAAAAUGGGACUUUAUGGGGUUUUUUUGGGGUGUGACACCUUGGAGACGUUGCUGAGAGAGUUUAU